UAAAGAUACAAAGUGUGGCGACGUGUCUUUUUCUUUGUAUGGAUCCGUGUGGCUCAGUCUAUGGAUCGACAACCUUCAACGACAUCGAUUGCGUCUUCAACGAAUCCAUGGAGCAGCAUCACUUCAACACGUACUCCUCGACGCAUCACUCGAAUGCGCGUCGCACCCUGUACCUGGCUUUAAAUCGUCACGGCGAGCCACGCAAGAUACAAAUUCCAGCGUCGCGCCCUCUGGGCAAACUUGCAACUUACACAAAAUCUCUCACGCAAACCGUGGAUCACAAGCGCGUCGAUGCCCUGAUCGCGAAAAAUUUCGGCGCAAACUACAUUCGUCACGGUUUGCGUCAGCUAUGCGACUCGGGCCAACAGCUGCGCCCUCUGACGGAGAAAACGCUCAAACCAAAGCCGCGCUGCCAUCUGCAGAACAAAAUCAAGAAGCAGGUGACGAAGAAGAAGAAACGACGAAAGUGCCGCGAUGACGAGCCCGAAGGCGACAAUUGCGUCAAAACGGUUGUCAGCAGUUUGCAGGCGACGGGAUCGGGUGCAGGGCCCGCCAAAAAGAAGAAAUGCAACAAAAACAACGAAGAAGACUGUGUUAAUAAUAAUUUAGGGAAUAACAAUAAUAAUAAUAAGAAACGACCAUUAACGAAGAAAAUGCAAAAAGGAGGCGGCAAAAAGCAACAAAAUCAACAAACUGUCGUCGAAAUUGCUGCGAUCCACAAAUUGCAGCCGAGCCCGAACAAAAACGGAGGCAAGAAACGAACAACGACGACGACGACAACUACAACAACAACAACAACUCCCAAACCUUCCGUCGAAUCUCUGGAUGAUGACGACGACGAUGAGGACUUUGAGGACCUCUUCAUCGACAUGCAAGGCGCCUCUUUGCACUUUUUCGAAGAAGAGGAACCCAUUCUGGACUAUUGA